AUGAGCUGGAAAGAAGUUUGGCACGUUUUUGGGAUUGCGGCGCUCCCCAUGGUUGGCUUUGGACUUAUGGAUCAGCUGAUCAUGAUCCGCCUAGGCGAUCUGCUAGACACUACCUUAGGCGUCAAGUUUGGGCUUGCCACGCUUUCUGCUGCCGCAGUGGGACAGCUGUGCAGCGACACUGCGGGGGUUCUCUUCGGAUCCACUAUUGAGUCAUGCGCCAACAGACUCGGCUUUCCUGCUCCAAACCUCACUGCAGCCCAGAGAGCCUCGGCUGUCUUCAGCCUGACAAAGACCUUAGGCGCGGCGUCCGGUGUUUGCUGCGGAUGUCUUCUUGGAAUGCUGCAAUUGCUGGUCCUUGACUUGGAUCGAGCAGACAGGCUGAAGCAUCAGCAACAGCUGGACACGAUCUUUGAGACAGUCUUGAUCGACGGGCCUAAGCUGUUUCACUGUGAACGGGCCGCACUCUUUGUAUACGAUUCGAGCCGCGAUGAGGUGUGGUCCAAGGCGGUUUUUGGUGAGGACAAGGCGAUUCGCAUGCAAAAACACAAGAGCAAGUGCUUCACAACCUGGGUAAUCGACAACAAGGCCAUUCUCAACUGCGCGGAUGCUUCAGUGGAUCCACGAUUUAACCCCGAAUUCGAUGAAAACCCUGACCAGAAGACGCGGAGUGUUUUGGCUGCUCCAGUAAUGGAUAGAUCGGGAGAGGUCAUUGCAGCUCUCGUGUUCUUCAAUAAGCAUCCCCAAUACCAGGGGCGUUUUUCUGAGGACGACGAGCGCAUGGUGGAAAUGAUGAGCCGUCAUAUGCAAAUAUUUAUGGAGAAGUUUGAGUAUGGCGCAGCAGAUGAUCGCAGAAUGAUAUCUCUACCAGAGAGUGAGCAUGUUUUCCAGUACUAUGCGGAGGUCACCGCGGACGACAACCAGAAGAGCCAGCGUAGUCCAGCUUGGAAGUGCAGCACUCUCGCAAACGCAGGCACUGAGGAUGCUCCGCGAAGGGUCGCAGCAGCGGCGGAUUGCGUAGAGGCCAGACACGCGAAGGGCAAUCAUGACGACGUGGCGGCUGCUGCUGCCUCACCCGCAACCCCAUCCAACGUGCACCGAGUGCUCUCUACAGCCCAUCCGAGCUUCAGCAGCCGGCACAACAUGCCUUGUGUGCUUUUGCACUCUCUGGGGCCUCAUGUGACGACGCCUCCUCAGGAUGCACCCGCCCCUUUGGGAGCCGGCGUGGUGGGCAGUGUGAGACAGAGAGUCGCUGGAGCAGCCAUUGCCGCAGCAACAGCAGCGGGCAUCGAUACCGCGGCUGCGGACGGGAGGCGCGCUUGGUGGCUACGCUGGCUGUUCUGCAUGCCCGAGGACGAUGAUUACUUGGUCCCGACUCCAGAUGAGGCGUCUCCUGCCGCCGUUCAGGCUCAAGGAAAUGAUGCUGCAGACACAGGAACCCCCGGUGAUGACAGAUCUUCGGGAGGGGGGGGAGGCCGGAGACCAAAGGACAGGCCUGCCCCUCCGCCCUACUGGAAAGCAACAUUUCCGCAUCUCUAUGGAUCGAGCAGCACCUCUGCGGCGAAGAUUGUUGAGGUGGACCGGAGAUAG